CGCCGAGCAGGUGCUCCCCUGCCCGUGCCCGCGGCUGAUGUUCGGGAUGGGAAAUGCUGGGACGGCCCGUAAGGAUAUUCAGGCACUGGAAUGGGUUGCCCAGGGCGAUGGUGGAGUUUCCAUCCCUGGAUGUGGCGCCGGGUGAUGCGGUUUAAGGGUUACAGCGGUGGACGGCUGGACUGGAUGGUCUUAAAGGUGUCUUCCGACCUGCGUGAUUCCAUCAAUAUCCCUGUGUAUUCCAUCAAUAUUCCAUCAAUCCAAAUGUAUCCACGCCUCCCUGCCGUCGCUUUGGCUCUUUUGUGCCCUCCUCGUAACAGUUUCUCGUUGUUUUUCUUUUUAAGGUGACACCCCAGAUUUCCCUAUGGGGGUUUUUGUACCCGGCUGAGCCGCGGCCAAGUGGCAGCUGCUUGGCUAAAUAAGGUCUCCCAAGAAUAACGUUCUUUAAUCUCCAAAGAUGACAGCUGUUGCAGUGCUAGAGGAGGUGCUGGCUUCCAUUGAGAAUGAGCUGCAAGCAGUGGAGAUGCAGAUACAGGAGCUUGUGGAUAAACAGCAGGAACUCAUCCAAAAGAAGAUGAGAGUGAAGAAUCUGAUAAAACAGUCCUCGGGAGACUUGGAGGCAGGUGGAAGUAAAGACACUGAAACCUCACCCGAGGCAUGGAACAAAAAAGAUUUUCCAUGGUAUGAGAAGAUAAAAACGGCACUGCAGGGCAAAUUUAAACUCCAGAAGUUUAGGUCACUGCAACUUGAAACAGUAAAUGCUGCAAUGGCAGGAAAGGACAUAUUUCUUGUCAUGCCUACAGGUGGUGGCAAGAGCCUUUGCUACCAGUUACCAGCUGUCUGUUCUGAUGGUUUCACACUCGUGAUAUGUCCUUUGAUAUCUCUUAUGGAAGAUCAGCUCAUGGUUUUGGAACAGCUUGGGAUUUCUGCAGCUCUAUUAAAUGCCUCAAGCAGCAAGGAACAUGUCAAGUGGGUCCAUAGCGAAAUGCUGAACAGGAAUUCACAACUGAAGCUCAUUUAUGUGACCCCAGAGAAGAUUGCAAAGAGCAAGAUGUUCAUGUCCAAGCUGGAGAAGGCUUACCAGGCCGGGUGCCUGGCUCGUGUUGCUGUGGAUGAGGUCCAUUGCUGUAGUCAGUGGGGCCAUGACUUCAGGCCUGACUACAAGUCUCUUGGUAUCUUGAAAAGACAGUUUCCCAAUACUCCCUUGAUUGGACUGACAGCAACAGCUACAAAUCAUGUUUUAAAGGAUGCUCAGAAAAUUUUGCAUGUUCAGAAGUGCAUUACCUUUACUGCCUCUUUCAACCGACCCAACCUGUACUAUGAGGUUCGGCAUAAGCCUUCAAAUAAUGAAGAUUUCAUUGAGGACAUAGUUAGGACCAUUAAUGGAAGAUACAAAGGACUGUCAGGAAUUGUUUACUGUUUUUCUCAGAAGGAUUCUGAGCAAGUUACUGUGAGCUUGCAGAAACUGGGAAUCAAGGCAGGGACUUACCAUGCAAACAUGGAUGCUAAAUAUAAGACCAAAGUUCAUAAAGGAUGGGCAGCAAAUCAAAUCCAGGUUGUAGUGGCAACUGUUGCUUUUGGCAUGGGAAUUGAUAAACCUGAUGUGAGGUUUGUAAUUCAUCAUUCUAUGAGCAAAUCCAUGGAGAACUAUUACCAAGAGAGUGGACGUGCAGGUAGAGAUGACCAAAAAGCUGACUGCAUUUUGUAUUAUGGCUUUGGAGAUAUAUUCAGGAUCAGCUCAAUGGUAGUGAUGGAAAAUGUUGGGCAAGAGAAGCUCUAUGAUAUGGUAUCUUACUGCCAAAAUAUGAACAAGUGUCGCCGGGUGCUCAUAGCCCAUCACUUUGAUGAGGUGUGGGAUUCUGCAAACUGCAACAGGAUGUGUGAUAACUGCUGCAGAGAGAGCGCAUGUGAGAAGAUGGAUGUAACAGGAUACUGCAGGGAUCUAAUCAAGAUACUUGAGCAAGCUGAAAGCAUGAGUGAGAAACUCACCCCACUGAAACUAAUCGAUGCGUGGUCUGGGAAAGGUGUGUCCAAGUUCAGGGUGGCUGAAAUUACUCCACCAAAGCACCCUCGAGAGGAACUGGAGAGAAUUAUUGCCCAUCUACUGCUGCAGCAGUAUCUGAAGGAAGACUUCAGCUUCACGGCAUUCGCUACAAUAUCGUACCUGAAAGUGGGACCCAAAGCCCGUCUGCUGAAAAACGCGGACCACGUCAUCACUAUAGAGGGGAUGACAAACAGGAAACUUGUUGACAAGGCUAAACCAUCUCAACCUUCAAAUUCGAAAGGAAGCAGCAAAAAUGCUCAGACUGUUUCAAAGGCUGUCCAGGAUUCAGUGGGGAAGAAGUUAACGGAGCAUAAGCGGCCUGGCUGUGGGUCUGACUCAAAAGCAAAGAAGCCUAAGCUUGAGGCAGGUGGAGUUGACCAACCAGUGGUUAUUGACUGAGUUUCACAGACUACAUUUAGGAUCUAAUCAUGUUUUCUUCUCCAUGGACAAUACAGUAUGUUCCAUUUGUGCUUUAGUAAUGGUAUUUAUUUUACUACUUUUUUUUUUUUUUUUUUAAAUAAAAUCCAACCAGGGAAACAAGUA